GCGAUGCGAUGGCACAGGGGACUGUUGGAGGGCAGUCCGGCCCGCUGCUCGUCGCGGCCCUGGGCGUUGCAGGAAUGAAUGAUCUCGCGCGGCCUUGAGCGAGGCCUGCCCUCUUGUGCUCUUUUCAGCUCCGAGGCACCGUCUUCGAAGAGUGAAGAGCUUCGCGUUCCUCCCCGAGCCCUGGUCUCGGCCGUCGAUUGGAUUGCGACAGCACCGUCAUCAUCAUCAACACGCACGCAGCGACGCAGUGCACACUCGCAUCGAAAUGUUGUAACGGAGCCGAGGCGGGCCGCGGCUGUCGACUUGGGCGCUGCGGGGUUCUCCUUCCGAUGGAGCUCUCUUGAGCUCAAUGAGGAGGGUAGCUGAUGGCGGAGAAAUCGGACGGCCCCAUCGUCGACAGGACCCGCCAUUUCGCUGCACACUAUCGUUUAUGCUUCUAGAACUACCUGCAAUUCCACUUUCAUAACCUGCUUUUCACCACCCUCGGCUUGUAGGUCUACGCGGAUGUGUGUCGUGGAGUAUGAAGAUGUCUUCGACGACUUGUUUUAGCUGCAAUUGAACACGCCCCUGUGAAGGUUGUUUAGUCUUGUGAAUCAGUUUAUCGAGUUCGAAUUUGACGCUGAGGACUAUGGUCCCAACAGUCCUUUGAUGUCACCCGUCUUGGAGUCCAAGGAGCGAACGCUACUCAGAUUGUGCAUAGAGCAAAAGUGGGAAGAAAGCCGAUCAUUGACAGCCGAACGAUUUGAACAUCUUGUAUUAUAGAGGGGUCGUGCUAGGUCGAUCCAAGGCAGUAGCAGUUUGUCAAGGUCUGGGGGAGCUGAACAUCACGUUGGAGUACCUGCGGUUUGUCUGUGCAAGGAUGCUGCGGUGGGUCAUGAGCGAUGGGAGGCUUGCAAGGCAUAGUAGCGCCAGGAAGGAGAUUGUCAGUUUCAAAGGUGUCCAGGACGACAUGGACAUGUGCCGGAAAUCUUGGUGACAACAUUCAUCGACGUAUUCUGUAUUCCCAGUCCAUUUCAACAGGCCUUUUUACUUACAGACUAAAGUUUAACAGGAAUCGAAUACCAAGGAGAGUUCCUGUUUAGUCAGAUUUGCUACGCGUGGAGUUUGAAUUUACCCUGGAUUUAUAUAAGGUUUAGAAACAUUCCUACGAGACUUGAAACGCACCACCUAAAAGGUGAAGCUUAGGAUACGGGACUGCCAAACCAAACAUGGGGAAGUUAGUACCCUUUGUCGGGCCGGCAUUUCUGGUGGCAGUAGGGUUUAUGGACCCAGGAAAUUGGGCGACACUCAUUGAGGGAGGGUCACGUUUUGGUUACGAGUUGUUGUGGGUAGUGGUGCUCUCGAAUUUAAUAGCGAUCCUCCUCCAAACACUGUCAGCUCGACUCGCCGUGAUUAGCGGGAAGCAUUUUGCUCAGAUAUGUCGGGAGGAGUAUCCGCGUGCAGUAUGUGUUUCCCUGUGGUUUUUCUGUGAAAUUUCGAUCAUAACACUGGACCUGACGAUGGUCUUGGGGACAGCUAUUGGUCUCAAUGUUGUACUUCGGAUGCCUAUACUUCCAAGUCUCUUUCUUAUGGUUGUUGAUUCUUUAUUAUUCAUUAUUAUCCUGCCACUCAUGGAAAUACGCAAGGCGGAAGUGGUCACUGUCUUCGUCGUGGGGAUGGUAUUGCUGUGCUUUUUGCUAGACAGCAUCCUUACCAGCCCACCACCUUUGACGAUGGUCGUCGGAAUGCUCCCUAGGCUUAGACACGAAACUUUGUACACGGCAAUCAGUCUGCUGGGUGCCAAUGUCAUGCCCCACAACUUCUACCUCCACUCAGCUCUUGUGCAAGGAGAGUCUGAGGCGAGUGAUUCAGUAGAUACAUCCUGUCAUUACCAUCUCUUGGACACUCUAUCGUCAUUUAGCGCAGUGCUGGUGGUGAAUAUGACUGUUUUGAUUGUUGCUGUUACCACGUUCCAUAAUGCUGGCCUUCCGGUCCUCACACUCCAAGACGCUCAGGCUCUUAUAGAGCAGGUUCUUAACAACUCAAUUGCUCCCGCAGCAUUUGGCGUAGCACUUCUGUGUGCGGGGCAAUUGUCCACACUGACUGGGAGUACCGCAGGACAGAUGGUGUCUGAGGAGUUUCUCAGCUAUAAGAUUCAUCCUUGGCUACAUCGACUGGUUGUCCGCGGCAUAGCAUUAGUUCCAGCUACUAUCUGCGUGUGGAAAUACGGCAACGAGGGCACGUAUCAAAUGCUUGUGUUUUCUCAAGUCAUUUUGGCCCUGCAGCUCCCCUUCACUCUUGCUCCUCUCAUCAAGAUUACCUCGUCCGAAAGGAUAAUGGGGCCACAUAAAAACUCGUGGUUGUUUGAGACUUUAGCCUGGCUGUCACUUACCGCAAUCUGUGCCGUAAACGUCUGGCUAGUCUUGGAUAUGGUAUUUGGGGAAACAGAGGAGGGGGCUGCUUUUGCUGUGGAAUACCUUGCAGGUUUCGAGUGGGUGCAGGGUAUGUGGGGCGAGUCAUUGCAAGGCGUCUUGUUUUUCACUAUCUGUGUGGUAUUGACCUUGUCACUUGGUUUUCUGGUUUGGAUGAUUUUUACUCCAUUGAAGAUGGAUACUCAGUAUCCUAGCAACACUAUGUGGUACGAAGCAUACGAGAGGCGAAAGGAAGCCGAAUACAGUCAACUAGCUGUAGUGACCCCGGCCGAUAUCUAUGAGGACUCGCAAUCCAUCCUAGAUGCUAUUUUUCCAUGCAAAGAUCACAAGGACUACAAGGAGUACAAGGAUCCAAAAGAAUUUAAGGAAGCCAAGGUUUACACUGAGCAGAAGGAGCAAGAGGAGCAAGAGGAGAAAAAGGAGCAAAAGGAGCAAGAGGAGCAAAAGGAGCAGAAGGAACAAAAGGAGCUAAAUGAACAGAAGGAACAGGAGCAGAAGGAGCAGAAGGAGCCAAAGGAACACGUGCAACCUGUGGUGUUCGAUUUACCUCCCCAUUCUAGUUCCCAUCACGACAGCGAAGAAUCGAUGCCGGAUGUAACUACAGUAUUAGAUCAGGAUGAAACCCCUGAUCCUCCCAAAGCUGCUGAGGAGAGUCUUCAAGUGGUCUCUUCAGGCAGCUGUGAUGACUUCUCGAUUUUGGAUCCGUUGUCCUCACCAAGCACCUCUUCCGUAGCUGGAUCUCCCUUGGCUACAUCUCCUCCGAAGUGCGAGCCGAGGGAUGUCGAUGUAGUUACGCCGUUCAGUAUGAUGGAAGUACCUACAGCUGAAGAUAGAGAGGCGAAUGCUUUGAAGGAAGCCGAAGCGGAAGCAGAUGCCGACACAGAUAUCCUUGGUAAAGAUGAGGAAGAACUGGACACCUGGGAGAACCUGGAACAGGAUGAUGUACUUGUAGCAGAAUCGCUAGUUUCGAAUGUGAAUAGUAGUGCAAAUGCUCUUCCGUAUGAUGGGCCUGCGUCGGGAAGGAGUGUGCGAAGUGACACUAGUGAGGGUAGCGGGGGUGGAAGUGGAAGUGGAAGCCUUUCGAGGCUGUCCGGGUUAGGAAGAGCUGCACGACGUCAGUUUGCUUUCAUCUUAGAGGAAUUCUGGGGGAAUCUUUUUGACUACCACGGUCAGCCUAUCGUAGCGAAGACUCAACCUGCCCUGCCUGCGCCUAAGAGCUCGUAUGUCGACAGUAAUACACGUGGACGCCCUGUUUCUCAAGAUGGGGGCGACUGCUUGAAACCACAAACCGAUCCGAAGUGGUCCUGGCAGAACAAUAACAGUAUGAUGAUACCGAGUGGCCGUAUGGAUGCCUACAUUCGCGCACAAACUCACUCUGCUGCUUCGACCUCGUCUCCAUUAACACAAGGCUGGUCUCAGGAGUACGGGAUGUCCUCCGCUUACGAUCUUGAACGACGGUACUCCAGUGUGCGUAUACCAAGUAACCAUGAAGACUACGACUAUCAGCCCGCCACUAUUCAUGGAUAUCGUCCUUCGUUUUCUGGAAGGGCUAGCACGAAUGUCACUGGACCCAAAACCAGGCCCUUGCACCUUGACGUGAAACUGUUUGGAGCAAGAACCUCAGCCGGUGAAGGAAAGCAAGUAGAAGCCGAUGGGAGUCUUCUUUCAGAGGAUCGCCGCAAUUCCUUCGACAGCUCAACUCAACCCCUACUUACUUCUCAGUGGUCAAGCAUCACCGCGAGUGCAAGGGCGGCAAUCGACACAAAGGGUAUCGACAGGCUCUUAACUCAGACCGAAAAACAUCUUGGCCCAUCUGAGACUUCCAGUUACGACUCCUCUCAAUGGGAUCCUCUCGUGUACAAAUCGGCAACUGGGAGAUGGAAUCCUCUUGUGUAUCGGGCGACCGGUGAAUUGGACUUGGGAAUUCCACGUAGUGUGGGUCUAGGACGCACUGCCUCUUUUGGACACUCUCCCAUCGGCCGUGGUGGCGAUGGUGACCACGUGGAAAGAGCACCACUGGUGUUUGAUGAGCUUUCGCCAUCUCAAUCACACAGGGAUGGUUUCUCUAUCCAAACGUCGGCCUCUCGACCUGAAGCUCAUUCUUUAUGGUCCAGACAACCUUUCGAACAAUUAUUUGGUAGUACCGAUGCUACUGGGGCUACUCCGCAAAUACCUGGGCGGAAGAGUAAUGGCCGACCACUGCCUACGCCUGUCUCAGGCGCGCCGGUGUCGAAUGUCGUGGAUCCUGAAGUUGAGGUCCUUGAGAACCUCCGAGCUUGCAUUGGCAAGCUAUUAAGGCUGGAAGGGUCUGACUGGCUUUUCCGCCCCGAUAACGGAGCUGAUGAGGAUCUUAUUGCAGCCAUAGCUGCCUUGCAGCGAACGACCAUGGAGGCUGAAAAGCAGGACUCAUAUAGGUUGUUCGGGACGAUGGAACCGCAUGUUUGGGAGAGUCACAUGCGCUCUCACAAAGGAAGCAAUGAUUUUCUUAACCCCUCCAAAGUGCAUAACCCUAUUCCUAAUUGUGGCGAAGCUUGUGUGUGGAACAAGUCGCUGCUCAUAAGCUUUGGUUUAUGGUGUGUGCAUCGGGUACUGGAACUGUCACUUAUGGAAAGUCGACCAGAGUUGUGGGGCAAGUACACAUUUGUGCUGAACAGGCUUCAGGGUAUCUUAGAGCCUGCAUUUUCAAAACCGCGGUUUGUGCCCCCACUUUGUAGGUGUAUAAAUGAUCCGGUGUUGUUUGAUGGUAUCAAACGCAGAACUUCUCUUAGUAGACAAGGAAGUCUCCGCGACUAUGGCAAUGGGGAUUUUGUAAGCUCCGCUAAUCCGAGCUACCCACAUCCAUGGCCCUGGGGCCGUAACACAAGUACUACUAAGGGGAAGGGUGCGAGUGCCUCGAUAUUUUUAGAGAGGAUUAAAGAGGUGGAAGCAGCUGUUGGUUCUCGAAAAGGGCGAACAGGUACGGCUGCUGGAGAUAUAGCAUUCCCAAAAGGGAAGGAAAAUCUGGCUUCAGUGUUGAAGAGGUAUAAACGAAGGCUUUCUAGUAAGCCCCCUGGAACAACCGGGGGCAACGGUGGGGGUGGUGGACGUCGUAGGGGCGGGCCUGCGGGCUUUCCCCCUGCCCUCUUUUUUGCAGCACUUGUAUGUGUCUCAUGUUGUGUGCUGUUGCCUACCAUCGACUAGAAAGAUUACUUGGAUUAUUAGUGGAAGAAUACUUGGAUUCUCAGUGGUUUUUAUUUCAUACAAAUGACUCAAGAGAUGUCGGAUGUUUGUGAAAGUGACGAACCGACGUCUUUGUUCCUCAUACUGACAUGGCGAACGAAAUUCAGAUCUCAUGACAAGGGCCGUUUGUGGCUGGGGCAAGACUCGGUUGUCUACCAAUGCAAUUGUAAGAGGGUUAUGUGCGAUUGAGGUGUAAAAUCUUCACCAUAUGUACUUUCCUUCUGGUUUUUACUUAUUGAAUGAUCAAGUACGGACCCCUGUAGAUACGUUGUGCAGUGUCCUCUCAAAUCCUGUCCUAUUCCCAGUUGUCAUGCUUAUCUUGCAGGCAAGCUCAAAUUUUGUACCCUUUGCUAUCAAUGUAGACAGUACCCUUAAUGUUAGAUAGGUCCUAACUUGGUUACAAGUUACAGUAGAAACGAUGUGCGUCCGAGUUUAGCUUUCAACAGAGUCGACCAGAAGUGCGAGUCUGUGGCCGGAGUAUGUUUUCAGGAUGGCUGUAAGUUUAUGUAGAUGGAUCAGGUUAAUGGAGUUUGGAGCCAUGGAGGGCACCUGAUCUUGUCGUACAUGAUAAAUGUUAGAACGUUCUGUGAAAGACCUGCUCGCUGAGAAUCAUCUCCGAGAAACAAGCCGAGUCUUCGGCCAGCCUCUCCCUCGAAUCCUCCUGUCCUCUAUAUGGUGCCAAAGCAUUUUUUCCAAACCAUCGAGUCAUGUGCGACCUUCGAUUGCUCACUUGAAGAAUAUAGUUUUCGUCCACUACCGCCACUGUAGCCUUCAACAGAUGUUGGACAACUUGUAUUCUAGUAGGGAAUAUAUCAGAACAAAAUUCAGAUUUGCCC